CUGGGGUGUCAAAGAGAGUUUUGAGCUUUAAGGAGACGAGGCAAAUUUGCAACAAAAAGCAAGGCUCUGACAAAGGGGCUGCAGUCUGGACUGGGACUGCGGCAAUGGACGAGCAGGACAAUCCGAAUCUCUCAGAAACUGACAGCAGCAAGGGUGUAAGAUCCUCGUGCAACCCUCCUAAUGAGGAGGACUUUGUAGUUUUGGAGAGUGAAGAGAACUGGAUGCCGAGCGAUGUGGAAGGCGCUGCAGGUCACCACAGCAAACCGGGAGGUGAGGACGGUUCUGAGAGCUGCGCUGACUCCAAACUUCCACAACCUUCCAGGAUUGCUCCUCAAGAGAAGAAUCAUGACGCUGCACGUGCUAAGGGUUCGCCCGCAGACCGUCUGGAGACUGAAAACGUUUGUCAUUCGGCUCAAGUGACAGGCGGCAGGUGUCAGCUAAAAGGAGUAAGUUGCGCCCGGGCUGCUCAAGGCAAGACGACUGGUGGGGGAAUGGCAGAGACGGACCCAAACGUCUCUGGUCGUGUGAGGGAGGAACAAAAGACGUGUACAGAUCAGCGACCGGACGUUAAUCAGAACCGGGAGAACAGGUUUGCUGGAGCAGUCUCCAGGAGGGCUAAAUCUGGAGUCCAGGGCAAUCCUUCAUCGUCUACCAAAAGAGAGACCGGCGAAGCAUUGGACAAAGUCACCUGCUCUCGCCCUUCACAGCCUCCGACGUCUCACUCUGGAGAACCGGACCUGCGAGACGGCCACUCGUUCACACUGGAACAAACGCACUCUAUGCCUUCUCCGUCCCAGGCAGCGAGCUGCCAUGAACAGAUCCAGGUCGCUUGCCUGAAGAAGGAGAGCGAGCUGGUUUGCUUCUCUGCGGUUGUCACACCUCCACCUUUAACUCACCUCUUACCCGGGAAAGACACGACCAAGACAAGUUCGGCCAACGCAUCGGGUCCUCCAGAAGCACCUUCUGCCUUGCCCAGUUCCAACGAUGGUUUGACGUCGGCAGAAAAACCCAAACCCAAAGGUCCACCUCCUCCUGUUCCCAAAAAACCCAAGAACCCAUUCAUAAAGCUAAAAACUGCACAGCUGAUGUCAAGCGAUGUACAAAGAAGAGUCAAAGACCAUCUGCGAUCAGAGGACAAGGCCAAGAGAAGACACACCUUUCAUUUUAACAAAGAUCUUCUGUGUGGCGCCCCAACUAAUCAGGACAUGUGCCAACUGUGGGACGAGAGGGGAACGUAUACCGGGCCGGUAAACUUCCGCCGUCUGUCAGCGGACAUCGGCUCCUGGGACCAUCUGUCUCUGAGGGACUUAGACGACCGCUUUGGCGACAUGAUUGAUUAUGAAUAUUGUGUGCGAAUGGCAGAGCUGUCUCCAGAGGAGGAGCCUCAAAACCUGGACAUGAUGCAGAGACGAGUGUUCCUAGAGAGACGAUCCAGACGCAGAUGGUCCCCUCCCCCUGUGACGGAAAAGCCACAACAUGCCCUGACCCGCACCGAAACUAUUCCCAAGUCAGGACCCACAACAGACGAGACCGAAAGCCCGAAAUCUACGUUUUCAGAGAAAAGGGAAACGCCACCCGUCCCCCCGACUGACAAAGUCCCCAUGCAGGUCAAUGCAAACAGCCAGAGUGAGCAUCCUAACAGGGACACAGGAAGAGGCGGCGAGGUGGGUUCCUACAAGCCGGUGGCAGAGAUCGUGAAGGAAGCCAACCAAAUGCAGAGACGGCAGAGUCGGGUCAAACCCGAAGGGCCCAAAGCUCCGGUUCGGCUGGCAGAGGAGAACCCGGCAUUGAAAGUUUCCCAAAUGAAGAAUACCUUUGAUGUCCCAAAGAAAUCGAAGGAGAGGCUGCCGGAAGUGCAAGCACCUCCAAAGAAAGAUAUGUCGCGGCGAGUUGUGCGACAGAGCAAGUUCCGUCACGUGUUCGGUCAGGCCGUGAGAAACGACCAGUGCUACGAUGACAUCCGUGUGUCCCGGGUAACCUGGGACAGCUCCUUCUGUGCCGUCAACCCCAAGUUUGUUGCCAUUAUCAUAGAUGCAAGCGGAGGAGGAGCCUUCCUCGUCCUUCCUUUGAAUAAGACGGGCCGUAUAGACAAGGCGUACCCGACAGUUUGCGGUCACACGGGCCCGGUGUUGGACAUCGACUGGUGUCCUCACAACGACCACGUCAUCGCAAGCGGCUCGGAGGACUGCACAGUUAUGGUCUGGCAGAUCCCAGAGAACGGACUGGAGGCUCCCAUGUCGGAGCCUGUAGUCGUGUUGGAGGGCCACUCUAAAAGGGUCGGCAUUGUGUCUUGGCAUCCCACGGCCCGCAACGUUCUCCUCAGUGCUGGCUGUGACAACCAGGUCGUCAUCUGGAACGUGGGGACAGGAGACGCCAUGAUCAGCCUGGACGACAUGCACCCGGACGUCAUCUUCAGCGUCAGCUGGAGUCGCAACGGCAGCCUGCUGUGCACGGCCUGCAAGGACAAAAAGGUCCGCAUCAUUGACCCCCGUAAGAAGAAGAUCGUGGUGGAGAAGGACAAAGCCCACGAGGGAGCUCGACCAAUGAGAGCCAUCUUUUUAGCAGACGGAAACAUUUUCACCACUGGAUUCAGCCGCAUGAGCGAACGUCAGCUGGCCCUGUGGAAAUCUGACAAUAUGAACGAGCCCAUAUGUGUCCAAGAGAUGGACACCAGCAAUGGCGUUCUGCUGCCAUUCUACGACCCAGACACUAACAUAGUCUACCUGUGUGGAAAGGGAGACAGCAGCAUUCGGUACUUUGAGAUCACGGACGAGGCGCCGUUUGUUCAUUACCUCAACACCUUUUCAACCAAGGAGCCCCAGAGAGGCAUGGGUUACAUGCCCAAGAGAGGCCUGGAUGUCAACAAAUGUGAAAUCGCCAGGUUUUAUAAAUUACAUGAGAGAAAAUGUGAACCGAUCAUCAUGACAGUCCCACGUAAGUCUGAUCUGUUCCAGGACGACCUGUAUCCAGACACGGCCGGCCCGGAUCCCGCCCUGGAGGCAGAGGAGUGGUUCGCCGGCAAGAACGGAGGCCCGAUCCUGAUCUCACUGAAAGACGGCUACGUCUCCACCAAGAACCGGGACCUGAAGGUGGUCAAAACGAACAUCCUGGAGAGCAAGCCGGCCACAAAAGCAGAAAGUAUCCCCACCAUCCAGAAGCAUGCUUCUCCACAAUCCACUGUCAAAAUGGAAGACAAACUGGAAGAGGUACUCCGAGAGUUCAAGUCACUCAGGGACCGCGUCAUCCUCCAGGACCGCCGGAUCGCCCGACUUGAAGAGCAGGUCGCCAAGGUCGCCAUGUAAGACGCAGAGACCCUUGCCAGGAUCGCCGUCUCCUUUGGGAGUCCGCUGCGGCCAAAUUCUCAAGAUUCGGCUUCACCAGAGCUUGGCCCGUCGAGACCAAGCCCACAUUCCAAGACGAACUAUUAUUUUUUCGCUCAUCGGUCCUCCUGGUUCACACUCGGCCCCCCCCCUGUCGCUCUCACAGAGGAGAGAGAGUAAAAAAAAAAAAAAAAAAACUUUUAGAGCUCAUGUUCACUCCUGAAGAAAAGACUUUUUUUUUUCUGUUAAAAGAAGUCUUAACUGUUUUUUUUAUUUUUUAAAACGUGGUGAAGCAUUCUCAUGUGAAGGUUGUACUUACUGCUCAACAACUGUAGCAUCAGUAUUUCCAUUGUUCUUAUUGUGUUGCCAAAUAUGAAUUGUGUGCCGUUUCAUGCACUGCUUUUACGUUGUUGCCGUUGUUGUUGUUGUUGUUGUUGUUUCUCCUCCUGUUGUACAUUCCAGUCACAACCUGGUAGACCAGUACAAGUCAAUCUGGAUUAUAAUUUCUUUUUUUCUCAAACAAUAGGUGUCGGACUGUUUUCUUCCCUCCGGUUCGCUCGUUGGCGACAGACAGAUUUACGACUACAGCAGAAAUCCCCAAACAGUUUUCUCCUGUUAUUCCCGGGCUUUAGAUCUACCAUGGGCGUCCCGAUGUGAUGAUGGGGGGUGGGGGGGGGGGGGGGUUACAUCUUCCUGCUGUAAAUGUUGUGAACAUGUUGUGGUGCCUCUUGUCACUGUUAAGGGUCAAACUAAAGUUGCCCUCUCCGGUGCAUAUUGGUAUAGGGGAAGGGACCACUCGCAGCCCGUGUUUUACUGGACUAUUGACAGACAGCUCUGUGCACAUAAUAAACAAUUUUACACAUGAA